UGGGUAGGGGGUGGUAGAGGCGGGUGGUAGAGGCGGGUGGCGCCAUGAGCUGCUGCAUGAGUCCGCAGGCGAAGGAGCAGCGACGGAUCAACGACGAGAUCGAGCGGCAGCUGCGGCGAGACAAGAGGGACGCGCGCAAGGAGCUCAAGCUGCUUCUGCUCGGUACGGGCGAGAGUGGGAAGAGCACCUUCAUCAAACAGAUGCGAAUCAUCCACGGCUCGGGCUACACGGAGGAUGACAAGCGCAGCUUCAUCAAGCUGGUCCACCAGAACGUGUUCUCGGCCAUGCAGGCCAUGAUUCGUGCCAUGGAGACGCUGGGCAUCCCCUACGCGAACGCGGGGAACCAGGCUCACGCGCAGCUGCUCCGCGAGGUGGACGUGGAGAAGAUCUGCUCGCUGGACAAGCCGUACAUCGAGGCGGUGCGGUGCCUGUGGGCCGAUCCUGGCAUCGAGGAGUGCUACGAUCGCCGGCGCGAAUUCCAGCUCACGGAUUCCGCCAAAUAUUACCUGAACGACUUGGCCAGAAUUUCUGCCGUCAACUACCUGCCCACACAGCAGGACAUCCUGCGGGUGCGCAUCCCCACCACCGGCAUCAUCGAGUACCCCUUCGACCUGGAGAACAUAAUUUUCCGGAUGGUGGAUGUGGGGGGUCAGAGGUCGGAGCGCAGGAAGUGGAUCCACUGCUUUGAGAACGUGACGUCCAUCAUGUUCCUGGUGGCACUGAGCGAGUACGACCAGGUGUUGGUGGAAUCCGACAGCGAGAACCGCAUGGAGGAGAGCAAGGCGCUGUUCCGGACCAUCAUCACCUACCCGUGGUUCCAGAACUCCUCGGUCAUCCUCUUCCUCAAUAAGAAGGACCUCUUGGAGGAGAAGAUCAUUCACUCGCACCUCGUGGACUACUUCCCCGAUUUUGACGGUCCCCAGCAGGACCCGCAGGCGGCGCGCGAGUUCAUUCUGCGCAUGUUCGUGGAGCUGAACCCGGACACGGAGAAGGUGAUCUACUCGCACUUCACCUGCGCCACCGACACGGAGAACAUCCGCUUCGUGUUCGCCGCCGUCAAGGACGCGAUCCUGCAGCUCAACCUCAAGGAGUACAACCUGGUGUGAGCGGGGGCCCGGACUCGGGGUGUGGCGGGGGGGCGCGCACGCGGGCAGGGCGAGCGCGGGGGGCGGCCGUGGCGGGCGACGGUUUAGGCGAUUGCGUUCGGACGAGUUGAUCGGUCGACGGAGGGUCGAUCGGCCGCUUCUCCGCGGUCGAUCGCUCGGGAGGGGGCAGGGGGUGGCCCUUUAUAAACGGCGUUCGCCCCGACGUCCUGCUCUCCCGAAUGUGGGAAAACAACCCCCCCCCCCCCCAUUAUCCUGACUCCCGAAGGUGGGGAACCUCCCGACGAGCCACGCCCAGCGUGACGCGGCCGAUAAUGAUAAUGCUGACGAUGCUGACGAUGCUGAUGACGCCACCGAGCCCCGCCCAUCACCUCCCGUCCGGUGGCACACGUGGGAAGAGGUGAUAAAAAAAACAUUUCCUCCAGACUUUGUGUUAUGCGGUUUUCCGAGCAGUCGAGCGACGGCAGACCGAGCGUUGAGUGGGUGAGCGUGCAGAGCCUUGGAGUGUGCGGUUAGCGGUGUAGUUUCAUGGGUUGUAUUCGUGGCUAAAGGAUGUCACUUUCGUAAUUAAAAAGGGUUUUUAUUUUACUUUGUUCAAAGUGGAUUAUACUUCGCCACUUGCCAAAUCGUAAUCGCGAAUGCGCAACCAUUGGUCUUGGCGCUGGUCAGAACACCCCUUCUCACGCGCGCCGCCCGUGAAGAGUGUUAUUUGAAAGCAAGUCGGCAGGUUCUUAAAUGCUGCGUCAUCAAAAACAAAGCCAUGCCCUUUCAGAAAGUUGUGUAAAAUUGUUUUAUCUUAAAGAUAAAAAUUACUGAUGUGGAAUCGGCUUAAACUGUGAACACUUGUUUGCCAUUGCUCUUACGAUAAUGUCUUCUGUCGGGACAUUUCUCUUAAUUUCUCUUGCAAAGAACGUUAACAAAAAAAGCAUUAUUCUCGCAGUAGCUGCUUCUGGAGAUGUUUUUAAACACGCCCAUUCCAAGUGGAUAAUUUUAAAAUGAUUCAAUCAAUGUUUGAAUCGUGCGGUUAAUUUAAGAGUGUCUGGGAAGACGCGAUUCCACACGCGGUCACGAGAAAAGGGACGUACGAAUGGUGCGGAGUGUGCGACGUACGUGGUGGCGAUUGGAAAGCCAAGAUGACAUAAACGACGUCGCUUCACACAAAUAUCAUUUAGACGUAAUUUAUUUUUGUAUAGGUUCCUUCUGUUUUUAAUUGCAUUUUUUUUUAGCAAGAUUUAUAUCGCAGGAGUCCGAACAGGAGCGGCGCGUUGGAAUGGGUCGCCAGCGGUCGCUGCGCGCAGCCUCUGGCGGUCGUGACGCGCGGCUCUCCUGACCGCGUUUGGUUCGUGUCGCCCCGCGUCGUCCGGCACGAAGUCGGACGUUUCGCUCUCCGUGGCCGGGAGCUUCUUCAGGAACCCAAUACCGAGUUUCUGAACGAGCUCCCGGGGGGGGGGGGGGGUGGGGGGCGGGCGAUCGCCACGAUGCGUUCGGAGAGCAGGCGCGGCGACGGCCGUGAACCACGCGUACAGACGGUACUUUAAAUUUGUUACGUUAAUACACUUCGCAACGCGCAUUUACCAUCAGACCACGGUGAAGUCACGAGAUCGAUGUGCGGCCUUGGGUUGAAACGGACUCGCGCUGAGACACGAUGGCGGCUCCGUGUUUCUCCACAGCGGCAGUAGAGUGGGAUAUGCACUACAUUCAAACAAAAACAACCAUGGUGCAUUUGUUUUUGACUCGGAACACUCGGGCGCUUUGUAUAUACUGCAUAUUUUAUAACUUUAAUGUGCAGUCUGUGAAUAUAAGUGGGGGUUUGAAGCUUGUUUUUUUUUCUACGAAUACGUUAAGGACACUAAUUGGAGCGCGUGGUGUGAAUUGGAACCAGCUAUCGUCUUGCCAAUAAAUGAUUUGCAAUGUAAGCGGCGGCGCGCCGCGCGCUCGUGA